UGCGAGUCGUUCAGCACGCGCACAGCGGAUGUGUUUCUGCUCGGUCACUCUGCGCGGACGCAGAAUGUCGAUAUGGAUCGAGUUUAAACAGUGGAAAUGUAAUAAAACGCUCAAGAGGUAAUGCUGUGUGUUUAAGCGACAUCGAUGGACGAUCGUGACUCGACGUCCCGCACCAAAGGUGUGUCAUCAGCCUUCAGCUGGAGACGGGAGGAUCGCGAGGCUUGAUUGACGGGCCUCGCCACUAAGGACCCUAUGGCAGAGCAGCAGCGCGAUACAGGUCCCUUCAUGUGAAUCUACCAUGGACCACAUGCUCUGUCAGAUGCUGGUCCUGGGUAUGGCUGUAAUGACUGCCCGUGCAUGCCCCAAGUACUGUGUGUGCCAGAACCUGUCGGAGUCGCUUGGGACCCUGUGCCCGGCUAAAGGCCUUCUCUUCGUGCCACCUGAUAUAGAUCGCAGCACAGUGGAGCUCCGGUUGGGGGGAAACUACAUCCUUCGAAUCACACAGCAGGACUUUGCCAACAUGACAGACUUGGUGGACCUUACGCUCUCCCGCAACACAAUCAGCUACAUUCAGCCCUUUUCCUUUGGGGACCUGGAGACUCUCCGUUCUCUUCAUAUGGAUAACAACCGUUUAGUGGAGUUGGGCCCAGAUGACCUCCGAGGGAUGGUCAGCCUGCAGCAUCUCAUCCUCAAUAACAACCAACUGGGUCGCAUCUCGGAGAGGGCGUUUGAAGACCUUGCAGGAUCACUUGAGGAUCUGGACUUGUCCUUCAACAACCUUCAGGCUCUGCCCUGGCAUUCAGUCCGGAAGAUGAUCAACCUGCACCAGCUGAGCCUGGACCACAAUUUGUUGGACUACAUUCCCGAGGGGACCUUUGUGGAUCUGGAGAGGCUGGCCCGCUUGGACCUCACCUCUAACCGGCUUCAGAAGCUUCCGCCGGAUCCCAUCUUUGCCAGAGCGCAGGAUUCAGAGGUGAUGGUCACACCGUUCGCCCCUCAGCUCUCACUCAGCAUAGGAGGGAAUCCGCUUCACUGCAACUGCGAAUUGCUUUGGUUCCGGCGUCUGGAGCGAGAUGAUGACCUGGAGACUUGCGCCUCGCCUCCUGGCUUGAAGGGCCGCUACUUCUGGAAUGUUCGGGAGGACGAGUUUUUGUGUGAGCAGCCACUGAUUACUCAACACACCCAUAGGAUGCUUGUUCUGGAGGGGCAGAGCGCAAGUCUACGGUGCGAAGCCAUCGGAGAUCCCAUCCCAUCUAUCCAUUGGGUGACCCCUGACGAUCGUUUGCUGGGCAACUCUUCCCGCACUGUGGUGUACCGCAAUGGGACCCUGCAGAUCCUAAUAACCACUUCAAAGGACUAUGGGACCUUCACCUGCAUUGCAGCCAACCUGGCUGGUGAAUCAACUGCUUCAGUGGAGCUGUCAAUUAUUCAGCUACCCCACAUAACCAAUGGCACAGGCCAGGCAUCACAACCCAAGUCCCGUCUGUCAGACAUUACAGGGAGCUCAAGGACCAAUAAAGGUGCUCCCAAGAGCAAGCCAGAGAAAGCAGUGUCCGUGUCUGAGGUGACUGCUGUGUCUGCCUUGGUCAGUUGGUCCAUCAGCAAGACCGCUCCCAAAGUGAAAAUGUACCAGCUACAGUACAACUGCUCAGAUGAUGAGGUCCUUAUCUACAGGAUGAUUCCUUCCUCCAGUAAGGCCUUCCACGUCACCAACCUGGUAUCUGGGACUCGCUACGACCUGUGUGUGCUUGCGGCCUGGGACGACACCGCCACCACGCUCACGGCCACCAACGUGGUGGGCUGCGUGCAGUUCUACACCAGGGACGACUACCCACAAUGCCAGUCUCUACAUGGACAACUGCUGGGCGGCACCAUGAUCCUGGUGGUGGGCGGCGUGAUCGUGGCCACGCUGCUGGUGUUUAUCGUGGUUCUGAUGGUGCGCUAUAAGGCAGGGGAUAGCGGAGGGAGCAGUGAAGUCUCUGUCAGCAAGCUGAGCGACGUCAGUGAAACGUACUCUCAAACCAAUGGAGGACGGCUGGGGCAGAACGGGGUGCCUCUGCUGAUGCCCAAACCCAAAGUGACCCAGCAGGACAAAGUGGUCAAAUUCAAGUCUGGUUCGCUCCAGAGCAGCUUGUCCUCCUCCUCCUCCUCCUCUUCCUCCUCAGGUUCAGUAGAUACCACGUCCUACAGCCCCAACAGUGCCCUCGCCAACAUUUUGAGGUCUGCGCCUCCCAAGCCCCGCAACAACUUAGACCAGCUUCUAGGGGCCUUCACGUCGCUGGACCUUCGGGGUCAGGCCAAAGAGCCGCAAUUAUCCGGAAGCCCUGCAAGCGCGGCUGCUGGUUCUGCUGCUACUUCAGCCCCAGCGGACCCUACUGACAAAGAGCCUCUGUUGGGCCGGACACUAGACUCACGGAUUAGCAAGUUGCUCAUGUUGCCUCUGGACUCCAAACCAAAGAGGAGCCAUUCGUUCGACAUGGGCGACUUCACGGUGUCCACGGCGCAGCAGCUGUGCUCGUAUCCGCGGCGGUUCAGCAGCAUCUGGACCAAACGCAGCCUGUCGGUGAACGGCAUGCUGCUGCAGUGCGAUGAGGAAGGAGACAGCAGCGGGAGCAAAGGCACCAUGGAGAGCUCUGACUGGGUUAUGGAGAGCACUGUAUAGGGGCCGAAAUACACACGUUAUAUACUCCAUCCUGCAUGACAUGAAUUUUUUUUUAUUGUUAUUGUUAUUCGCCUUGCCAUAACCAGAACAGGUAAAGAGUCAGCGGCAUUCAGAGGGU